AUGCCUAGUUUCCAAGACAGAGCCUCCUUCAUAUUCUGCGCCGAGGGGCGCUCAGAGAAAACCCUCGGAUGGCUUGAUCGAUGCCAGCGACCAAACUACAACAUACUUAAGCUCGGCCUACCGGUCGGGCAUGGUCACACGCCUCAAGAAGAGCCCACAUCUCACGCCAUCGAAGCGGAUGACACAGACAAUCCCCUCGAUAAGGAGUCUGCUGAAGAAACAAAGGACUAG